GGAGAGCUCAGCUAAAGAUCUCUCUCUUCUUUAUGUAUCUUUCUCUCUCUUCACAUUCAUUUCCUUUCUCUCUCUACUUUUUCCUCCAACCAAAAGCUCUGAAACAAUCUUCCUCAAAUUUCACCUUCCAAUUUCAGGACAAAUAGCCCUAGGUCGUAGUUAAUAUCUGCUUAUUAUUUAAUUAGGGAAUUUACAUUCCCAUAACCUGCAUAUUAUUUCAGAGAUACCUUGAAGAUCUGAGGUGGUUUUGCUUGUUAGAGGUUGUGGACAAUUCUUUGCUAGGAUCCUAGAUGUUGAAAUUACAAUCUGUGGAUCCUAGAUUGGUGGUGGUUGUAGUGGUACUUGAUGGCCUAACUUGUGAGCAUCCUCUCAUAUCGAUAAAAUUCUUGGAUUGACAGCAGUGAUAUGGCCGCUACAUGCGAGAGGUGGAUUGAUGGCCUUCAAUACUCCUCAAUAUUUUGGCCUCCCCCUCAAGAUACACAACAACGGAAGGCUCAAAUUACUGCCUAUGUUGAGUACUUUGGUCAGUUCACAUCAGAACAAUUUCCUGAAGAUAUAGCUGAGCUGAUACGGAACCGAUAUCCAUCCAAGGAAAACCGACUUUUUGAUGAUGUUUUAGCGACUUUUGUUCUUCACCACCCAGAGCAUGGGCAUACUGUAAUUCUUCCAAUUAUUUCAUGCAUCAUCGAUGGCACACUGGACUAUGAUAAAAGUUGUCCUCCUUUCGCUUCUUUUAUAUCAUUGGUUUGCCCAAGCAGUGAGAAGGAAUAUUCAGAACAGUGGGCUCUUGCAUGUGGAGAGAUUCUACGAAUUUUGACACAUUACAACCGUCCGAUCUACAAAGUUGUGCAACAGGGUGGCGAAGCAGAGAGAAGCAGCCUAGGAAUCCAUGCUUCAACAAGUAAAUCUGCUGAUAUCGAACCUAGUAUGCCUUCAGUGCAUCAUGAGAGGAAAACGCUGAGGCCGUUGUCUCCAUGGAUUACUGAUAUACUGCUCGCCGCACCUCUAGGUAUUAGAAGUGAUUACUUCCGUUGGUGUGGUGGUGUUAUGGGAAAGUAUGCUGCUGGAGAACUAAAGCCACCAUCAACUGCUUCUUCUCGUGGCUCUGGAAAGCAUCCUCAGUUAAUCCCUUCAACUCCAAGGUGGGCAGUUGCCAAUGGUGCUGGUGUUAUUUUAAGUGUUUGUGAUGAAGAAGUUGCUCGUUAUGAGACUGCUACCUUGACUGCAGCUGCCGUCCCUGCUCUUCUGCUUCCACCUCCUACAACACCUAUGGAUGAGCAUCUUGUUGCAGGGCUACCAGCACUUGAGCCGUAUGCACGAUUGUUCCAUCGAUACUAUGCAAUUGCUACUCCAAGUGCCACCCAGAGGCUUCUUCUUGGUCUUCUAGAAGCUCCACCAUCCUGGGCUCCAGAUGCACUUGAUGCUGCUGUUCAGCUAGUGGAACUUCUUCGAGCAGCUGAAGAUUAUGCUUCUGGCUUGCGGCUUCCUAGGAAUUGGAUGCAUUUGCAUUUCUUGCGUGCAAUUGGAAUUGCCAUGUCCAUGAGAGCAGGCAUUGCUGCGGAUGCUGCAGCUGCUUUACUUUUCCGAGUACUUUCACAACCUGCUCUGCUCUUUCCUCCAUUAAGGCAAGUUGAAGGAAUUGAAGUUCCACACGAACCACUGGGUGACUCUAUUACAUGCAAUAAAAAGCAGAGACAAGUGCCUUUAGCAGAAGCCACAGUUGAAGCCACUGCGCAAGGGAUUGCAUCAAUGCUUUGUGCACAUGGCCCUGAGGUUGAAUGGAGAAUAUGUACCAUAUGGGAAGCUGCUUAUGGUUUGAUUCCUUUGAGUUCAUCAGCUGUUGAUCUACCUGAAAUUAUAGUUGCCACCCCGCUGCAACCACCUGUUUUAUCAUGGAACCUGUUUAUACCACUACUAAAGGUUCUUGAGUAUCUACCACGUGGGAGUCCAUCCGAAACUUGUCUCAUGAAAAUAUUUGUGGCCACAGUGGAAGCAAUUCUACAGAGAACGUUCCCAUCUGAGUCCUCCAGAGAGGAAAUCAGAAGAAACAGAUACAUCUUUGGAUCUGCCUCCAAAAACCUUGCUGUGGCAGAAUUGCGAACAAUGGUUCAUUCAUUGUUCUUGGAGUCGUGCGCUUCUGUAGAGCUUGCUUCUCGGCUUCUUUUUGUUGUGUUAACUGUAUGCGUCACUCAUGAAGCAAAAACAAAUGGGAGCAGAAGGCCUGUAGGUGAAGAUUCUCACCAACCUAGUGAAAUGGGUUCAGACUCGCUGGAAGCCUCUGGAAAGCAGAAAGAAAAAGGAACCAAGAAAGUGAAAAAACAAGGGCCUGUUUCAGCGUUUGAUUCUUAUGUUCUUGCUGCUGUCUGUGCUCUUUCAUGUGAACUUCAACUCUUUCCUUUGCUUUCAAGAGGGAGUAAUUAUUCGGAUCCAAAAUCCAUCCUGGAUACUGCAAAGCAUGCAAAUGAUUCGUCUAUGGAGUUAAAAAGUGGGAUUCAUUCUGCUGUCUGUCACACUCGGAGGAUAUUGACAAUUCUGGAGGCUCUUUUCUCUCUGAAACCAUCAUCUAUUGGAACUUCAUGGAGCUACAGCUCAAAUGAGAUAGUUGCUGCAGCUAUGGUAGCUGCUCAUAUUUCUGAUCUGUUUAGACGCUCCAAGGCUUGCAUGCAUGCUCUUUCGGUCUUAAUACGGUGUAAGUGGGAUAAUGAAAUUUUCUCCAGAGCAUCUUCACUGUAUAACCUCAUCGAUAUUCAUAGCAAAGCUCUUGCAUCAAUUGUCGACAAGGCCGAACCAUUGGAAGCACACCUAAUACCUGUUCCUGCUCUUAAGAAAAGAAGCUCGUGCUUGAAUGGGAGAAAACAUAAUAAAUAUAGCAAUUGCAUCUGCUUAACUGCAAAACAGUCAUCGUUGCUCGAGUGCAAACACUCAACUGAUUGUAAAACUUUAACUAUGAGUGAAAAGGCUUUACCCUCAAGCGAGAUUGCACAUUGCACCAGUGGUAAAGGGAUCGCAAGUUUCCCUUUAGAUGCUUCAGAUUUGGCCAACUUUCUGACAAUGGACAGGCAUAUAGGAUUCAAUUGCAAUGCUCAAGAUCUUAUAAAGUCGGUACUCGCGGAGAAACAGGAAUUAUGUUUUUCUGUUGUCUCAUUGCUGUGGCACAAGUUAAUUGCAUCACCUGAAACGCAACCAAGUGCAGAAAGUACUUCCGCUCAGCAGGGUUGGAGACAGGUCGUUGACGCGCUAUGCAACGUUGUAUCAGCAUUGCCUGCAAAAGCUGCAGCAGCCAUUGUUCUUCAGGUCCAGGCGGACAAGGAAUUGCAACCAUGGAUUGCCAAAGAUGAUGAUCAUGGUCAGAAGAUGUGGAGGAUAAACCAACGAAUUGUGAAAUUGAUUGCAGAAGUAAUGAGGAACCAUGAUACACCAGAAUCUUUGGUAAUUCUUGCUAGCGCACCAGACCUCCUUUUACGGGCCACAGAUGGGAUGCUUGUAGAUGGAGAAGCAUGCACCUUGCCACAGCUGGAGCUCCUGGAAGUGACUGCUAGAGCUGUACAACCAGUGGUUGAGUGGGGAGAAUCUGGAUCAGCAAUUGUUGAUGGCCUGUCAAACUUGUUGAAGUGCCGCUUACCGGCCACAGUUCGUUGUAUUUCUCAUCCAAGUGCUCUCGUACGUGCUCUCAGCACAUCACUUCUCCGUGCCAUUAUGCAUACUGGUUCAAUAAAAACUAGAACUAAACGAGCAGAUGUAAAUGGUGUCCAUGGUCCUGCUUAUAAGUAUUUAAACAUUGGCACUAUUAACUGGCAAAGGGAUAUUGAAAAGUGUUUGACGUGGGAAGCUAACAGCAGAAUUGAAAAUGGAAUGUGUACACAGUUUCUUGAUAUGGCUGCUAAUGAAUUAGGGUGUGCUAUAUCCAUUUGAUCUAACAUUAUAUAAUGGGGGCAGUAUAUUAGUUUUCUUCCCAUGAUUUGCCACAUGAAAUUCACAAGAUUAGAAAGUGACUAUUUAUUGGCAUGAGGAUGGAGAAAGGAGAAUGAGCUUUUAGUUAGAGUCAGGAAAUGAGAUCAGUAUCCUUUGGCACAUCCAUGAUCAUGGAAAUAUAGGUAGUCCUUGUUGUAUUUUCUUUUCUUCUUUUGGUUCAGUUUAUGUUUGAUGUACACCUGAAUAUGAACAUGAUUGUGAAAAUAGGAUGUAUUAAUAUUCAGUGUGACCAAGACCAACAAAAAGGUGGCUCUAAGUCACCUCCUUGUAAUAAGCAUGUCUGAUUUAUUUUCA